ACUGAGCUAUCACCAUGGAAACAACAUAUACACAAAAGAGAUCGCCUAAGAUCCCGAGUGAUGACCUUGUCUGCUUACUUUAUCUAUUCAAUGCUUCUUUGCCUCUCUUUUCCCAAAAAUCCGCGUCCCACCCUAAUAAGUGUAUCAGCCCCCGUAAAGUGAUGCCAUUAAAAAUAAUAAUAUUGGAUGGUUUUAAAAAAAGAAUUAGGUAGGCCGUUGGGAAGCGCAGGUGGUCACUUUUGGGGAAGGGGCCAAAUUGAGUGCGGGCCAGCGUCAAGAAGACAGGAGAAUGACCUCAACAGUCAUGAGAUGGUGGAUGACCUUGUUGUUGAUCUCUCUUAACUCACUCAAAUAUAACAAGAGAAAGAUAGAAGCGCACGGGUCCUCUUGUGGAUUGACACUUUUUUUUUUUUGGGUCGCUUGCGUCAAUAAACAUAAAUUGGCAUGUCCCAAGCUAAUAAAUCCACGUUGGUGCAUCGAUCACUUAUGGUUACUUUUGGUACCUUAGUAGCUAGGUGGCACCAAACGACGAUGGAUAGCGGACCCUCAUCUCUCAGCUGACACAAACUUUUUGGUUUUUUGUUGAAACCCCAAAGGAGGAGGCGAAGUGAAAGGAGUAUCGGUAGCAAGCUAUU